AUGGACCAGUCUCAAAGCAAGGCUUUGGCAGCCAUCCAGCCAUUUGUGCAUCUCGCAACAACGACAAAAUCGCCAUCCCCUCGCUUCGUCGCCGAGCUGAUCAAAGGCGCCAUAUCCGCACCAGGCACAUAUGUCUUCACGGAACUCCUCCAGACGCCGGCCUGCCAGAGCCUUCGCGGGACGGAACUACAAUCAUGGCUGACCCUGCUCGAAGUCUUCAGCUGGGGCACAUAUGCCGAAUACAAAGGCAUGCCAGGUCUUCCAGAGCUCGACGAACCUCAGACCCUGAAACUUCGUCAACUCAGUCUCCUGACGCUGGCUUCGCCGUUUGCUCCGAGUGACGGAACAACCGUGACCGAUGCGCUCACAUACCCAUCUCUCCUCCAGUCCUUGUCCCUGCCCGACGCCGCCAGUCUCGAAUCCCUGGUCACCCAGUCGAUCUACUCGGGUCUUCUGACCGCGAGACUCUCGCCUACGUCGAGUCCUCCAGUCGUCAAUAUCACCUCGGUCGCACCCCUUCGUGAUCUGCGGCCACAGUCUCUGCCCGCCCUUCUCCAGAUCCUGCAGACGUGGGAAUCGCGGUGCACAUCCGUGGUGAGCGAGAUGGAAGCUCAGAUCUCGUCUAUCCGCCAGACAGCUGCUCAGCGCAAUACCACGCAGCGGAAACGGCAGGAAGUCGUCGACGCUGCUGUGCUGAGUGAGAAGGCUUUGGAUAAUGGCGAGUCUAAGUCCGGCGGCCGUCCCACGCGAGGCGUACAUCGGUUGCCUAGCAAGCGCGAUAUAGAUCAACAGAUGGAAGGCGAGGGCGAAGAUCUAAGUGAUGACGACGGCCGAAUGGACUUGGACGAAGGUCUUGGUGAUGUUGGGCACCACGGGGGCGGUGGUCGUGGGGGCCAUGGCGCCGGGGGCUCAAGAGGCGCAAAGAGAAAUAGAGGACGUGCCACGAAAUAG